CCGCCCCCGGCCCCGCAGCCCCCGCAGGCGCGAGGCGCCCCGGCCGCCGACGACGACAAGGGCCCGCAGCAGCUCCUGCUCCCGCCGCCCGCCGCCCUGGACGGCGCCAAGGCCGACGCGCUCGGGGCCAAGGGCGAGCCGGGGGGCGGGCCGGCCGAGCUGGCGCCCGUCGGGCCGGACGAGAAGGAGAAGGGCGCGGGCGCCGGGGGGGAGGAGAAGAAGGGGGCGGGCGAGGGCGGCAAGGACGGGGAGGGGGGCAAGGAGGGCGACAAGAAGAACGGCAAGUACGAGAAGCCACCCUUCAGCUACAACGCGCUCAUCAUGAUGGCCAUCCGCCAGAGCCCCGAGAAGCGCCUGACGCUCAACGGCAUCUACGAGUUCAUCAUGAAGAACUUCCCCUACUACCGCGAGAACAAGCAGGGCUGGCAGAACUCCAUCCGCCACAACCUGUCCCUCAACAAGUGCUUCGUCAAGGUGCCGCGCCACUACGACGACCCGGGCAAGGGCAACUACUGGAUGCUCGACCCGUCGAGCGACGACGUGUUCAUCGGCGGCACCACGGGCAAGCUGCGGCGCCGCUCCACCACGUCGCGGGCCAAGCUGGCCUUCAAGCGCGGCGCUCGCCUCACCUCCACCGGCCUCACCUUCAUGGACCGCGCCGGCUCCCUCUACUGGCCCAUGUCGCCCUUCCUGUCCCUGCACCACCCCCGCGCCAGCAGCACUUUGAGCUACAACGGCACCACGUCGGCCUACCCCAGCCACCCCAUGCCCUACAGCUCCGUGUUGACUCAGAACUCGCUGGGCAACAACCACUCCUUCUCCACCGCCAACGGGCUGAGCGUGGACCGGCUGGUCAACGGCGAGAUCCCCUACGCCACGCACCACCUCACGGCCGCCGCGCUCGCCGCCUCGGUGCCCUGCGGCCUGUCGGUGCCCUGCUCCGGGACCUACUCCCUCAACCCCUGCUCCGUCAACCUGCUGGCGGGCCAGACCAGUUACUUUUUCCCCCACGUCCCGCACCCGUCCAUGACCUCGCAGACCAGCACGUCCAUGAGCGCCCGGGCCGCGUCCUCCUCCACGUCGCCGCAGGCCCCGUCGACCCUGCCCUGUGAGUCCUUAAGACCCUCUUUGCCAAGUUUUACGACAGGACUGUCCGGGGGACUGUCUGAUUACUUCACACAUCAAAAUCAGGGGUCUUCCUCCAACCCUUUAAUACAUUAACAUCCCGGAGGCCAGACUGUAAGUGGACGUUUUACACACAUUUGCAUUGUAAAUGAUAAUUAAAAAAAAUAAGUCCAGGUAUUUUUUAUUAAGCCCUCCCCCCAUUUCUGUACGUUUGUUCAGUCUUUAGGGUUGUUUACUAUUCUAACAAGGUGUGGCGUGUCAGCGAGGUGCAAUGUGGGAGAAUACAUUGUAGAAUAUAAGGUUUGGACGUCAAAUUAUAGUAGAAUGUGUAUCUAAAUAGUGACUGCUUUGCCAUUUCAUUCAAACCUGAGGAGCCUAUCUCAAAAGGCUGCCAGAUGCCCAUGUGUGCAGUAUUAUAAGUUAUCAUGGAGCUAUCUGGUGGAUGCAGGCCUUGAGAACAACCUAAAUUAUGAAGAGAGUUUUAAAAUGUUAAACUGUAAUUUGUAUUUAAGAAUUUGUAGUAAAGGUGCCCAAGAAAUUAUAUCGGCCAUUUAUUGUUUUGUCCUUUUCUUUAAAGAACUGUCUUUUCCUUUUGUUUACUUUUAGACCAAAGAUUGGAUUUUUAGCAAAUGCACUUGGUAUACUAAGUAUUAAAACAAGCAAACAGACAAACAAAAACUACAAAAAAAAAAAGGAAAGUUGUUUAGUUGGCAACACUGCCCAUUCAAUUGAAUCGGAAGGGGACAAAAUUAAGGAUUGCCUUCAGUUUGUGUUGUGUAUAUUUCGAUGUAUGUGGUCACUAACAGGUCACUUUUAUUUUUUCUAAAUGUAGUGAAAUGUUAAUACCUAUUGUACUUAUAGGUAAACCUUGCAAAUAUGUAACCUGUGUUGCGCAAAUACCGCAUCAAUUUGAGUGAUUGUUAAUGUUGUCUUCAAAUUUCUUGAUUGUGAUACUGUGGUCAUAUGCCCGUGUUUGUCACUUACAAAAAUGUUUACUAUGAACACACAGAAAUAAAAAA